AUGAACGGCACCCAGGGCCCCGUCUCCAAGCUGCCCCAGCUACACCAAUUCUACACGGGCCACAACGACGAGGGCAAGGCCAUCGUGGCCGAGCACCAAGACUUCAAGUGGACGCGCUACGCCGACGGCGACAUGGGCUUUAGCGUCGUGUACACGACGUCGCAGUCGCCGCCGGACCUGAACGGGGACAAGGACAUUGCGCAGCACAAGUCGACCAUGGCGGCGGGCACGCUCGGGCUGGUCAACCCCAACGGCUCGGUGCUGCGGUGCGUCGACUUUGCCCCCGGCUUCAAGUGCGACAUGCACCGCACCCAGAGCCUCGACUACGGCAUCAUCCUCGAGGGCAGCGUGGAAAUGGUCCUCGACUCGGGCGAGCGCCACCUCAUGAAGAGGGGCGACGUGGCCGUCCAGCGGGCGACCCAGCACCAGUGGAUCAAUACGUCCGAGACCGAGUGGGCGCGCAUGAUGUUUGUGCUGCAGGAUAUCAAGCCUCUGUACGUUGGUGGCAAGGAGUUUGGUGAGGAUCUGGGGGAAAAGCCAAUGGUUCCUCCGUCUCGACGAUCUUGA